ACCCCCCAAAAACAACAUUAAACCAUAACAACAAAAACCUCAUCACUCUUCUCUUCUCUCUUCUCUUCUCUCAUGUCCAUCACAAAUCAAUCUCAAUCUCAACCUUCAGCAUCACCUUCAGCUUCAGCUUCUCCCACCUCAACAACAAAACGCACCUCCAAGAACCGUGACUCAGCAUUCCACGGCGUCCGGAAGCGAACCUGGGGACGCUAUGUUUCAGAAAUACGACUCCCAGGUCAGAAAACUCGGAUAUGGCUUGGCUCAUUCCAGACGGCUGAAAUGGCGGCGCGUGCUUAUGACUCCGCGGCUUUCUUCUUAAAAGGUAGCUCGGCUAGCCUUAAUUUUCCCGAAGAGGCUGUGUUUUUACCUCGUCCUGGUUCUUCUUCUAGGAAAGAUAUUCAAUCGGCGGCGGCUAAAGCGGCUCGUCAACGAAGCCGCCAACAACAACAAGAAAAUUCUUCUUCUUCUUCCAUCGAAACGAAAAAUGAAAAUGAAAAUAAAAAUAUUAUUAUUAAUAAUGACAAUGAUAAUAAUAAUAAUAAUAAUAUUAAUAAUAGUAAUAAUAAUAGUGUUGAUGAUUUUUCUAUUGAGAUGAUGGAGUUUUGGAAUCAAGAAGAAUGUGGUGCAUCGACGACGUCGUUUUGGGAUAUGAAAGAUGCUCCUUUACUGAGUCCAACAAGGGUGGGGUCCAUUUAUGGAGAUAUGAUGACAUGGAACGAAGUGUUUGAUUUCAAUGAUGACAUUUUAGCCAUGGCGCAUCCAUAACAACCUCUUUAAUAUUUGUAGUUUCUUUCUUCUUUUUGUUCUUUUUAUCUCUAAUGCUAAGCAUUUGCAAUUAGUUGUAAACAAAAUGUAUACUUAAAAUGAACACAUCAAUGUUGUUGUUUAUUUAAAUUAUAAUACUAUAGUGUUUAAGAAACAUUUUAAUUUUAUUUAUUUUUGUUAAAAUAUUUGUUUUUAUAAAAUUUAUUUGUUUUUAACUUCUUAGGAGUAUGUAAAACUCUUAAAAUAAAUAUGAAUUAUUAUGUCUUC